AUGUCGGCUACCGAACCCUUCGAUUCGGGUUCUGGGCGCGAGGGAGACCAACCCGCCCGGCAGCAGCAGCCCGAGGGCUCAACGUUGACCCCGUCAGAGUUACUUGACAUGAAUGACGAUCAUUCUGUCGACAGCUUCCGAAAAGCCAAGAUGAGCCCAACAGCCCGAGCUGAGUCGCAGUCACCUGCGGCAGGGGUUUCUUCGUCUUCUGCGUCAGCCGCACCGUCUCAAAUAGAGCGGCUUGCCGGACAGGUCCACACAUUGUCGAUGUCUGCUCAGGACCCCGAGGCCGAGCAGGCCACGUCGAACAGCGCCUCCCCACCCCCUCCUCUCCCUGAAAAAGACGACACGUUCUCCAGCCCUCACCCGACUGCUCCGGCCAUCACGCCACAGCCUAGUGCGCCCAACUCCGUGCCCGGCUCUGAAAAGGAACUCCCAGACAUACCUAGCGAAGAUGAUACCGGAGCCAACCAAACAUAUCGGAAUAAAGAAGCGCAAGAUGAUACUGAGUCUCAGCCGGAGAUUCAAAAUAUCAUGGAUCAGUUCCAGGAUCCUUCGCGAAUCACCGGUCAGCAGGAAAUCAUGUCGCCGCGACUCGAAAAGACUGAAAUGUUCCGCACCUCUCAGCAUUUUCCACCUCGCAGGUCGAGUCUCGAACCGAUGCACGCUUCCGACUCUGGAUCUUCGGGGCCAACCAUGCUGCAGAGUAACCAGACCGUAACGAGCCAUAGGCAGUCGAUCGGUCCCGACGAGUUGAGCUUGACACGUCAAUCGUCCGCCUCUACAGUUCCACCACCUCCUGAGCCUGAGCCCGACCAACCGUUUGACUUCCAUCGAUUCUUAGAGCAGCUUCGCCACCGCACGGCUGAUCCAGUAGCCAAGUUCCUGCGCUCGUUCCUGACAGAAUUUGCGAAGAAACAGUGGAUGGCCCACGAGCAAGUCAAAAUCAUCAGCGACUUUCUGGCUUUUAUCACGAACAAGAUGGCCAUGUGUGAGGUUUGGCGCGACGUGUCAGAUGCCGAGUUUGACAAUGCCAAAGAAGGGAUGGAAAAGCUUGUCAUGAAUCGCCUCUACUCACAGACAUUCUCGCCGGCGAUCCCAGCUCCCCCGUCUAUUCCCCGAAGUGUGAGCCGUAGCCGGAGACGGGAGAUUGAGAGACUCCACGGCCCGUGGCGCCGAGGGCAACACCAGGAGGAUGUUGAGCGUGAUGAUAUCCUCGCACAGAAGAUCCGAAUCUACAGUUGGGUAAAAGAAGAGCAUCUGGACAUUACCCCCGUGAGUGGCAGUGGGCGACGUUUCUUAACCCUGGCUCAGCAAGAGCUGUUGAAGAUCAACGGUUACCGCGCCCCUCGAGAUAAAGUCAUUUGCAUUUUGAACUGCUGCAAGGUUAUCUUUGGCCUUUUAAGGAAUAGUAAAAAGGGCGAUACCUCGGCCGAUUCAUUCAUUCCGCUACUGAUUUAUGUGGUCUUGCAUGCAAACCCUGGAAACCUCGUCUCGAACAUUCAGUAUAUUCUACGUUUCCGCAAUCAGGAUAAACUUGGGGGUGAAGCCGGCUACUACCUGUCCUCCUUGUCUGGAGCCAUUCAAUUCAUCGAGACGCUUGAUCGCACAACUCUGACCGUCAGCGAUGAGGAAUUUGAGCGUAACGUGGAAGCGGCCGUCUCUGCCAUCGCCGAGCAAAACCGGGAACAUGAAUCUUUGGCAGAGAAGCCAUCCGCGCAGCCCGCAUCCUCUGGUGGGCCGGUGCCACAAAGCUCAGGAUCCGCUCAGAGGGAAACGUCCCAAUCUAGUGAUGACGAGACGUCCGCCCCUGUGGCAGGGCUUCUCCGUAGUAUUCAAAAACCCCUCUCCACCAUCGGUAGGAUCUUCUCGGAUGACGGUGACUCUGGCCAGCCUGCGGCCUCGGACCGUCCACUUCAACCUGCCCUUACUCCCCAGCCCGGUGUUGCACCCCCACGUCUCACCCCCAAUGUUUAUCAACCUCCGCGCGCGAGCAGUGAAGGCCGUCGCUCUGCAGAUGAACGCCCAGCGCCUCCUGCGGAGAAGCCCGGCGCGGCCCAGCGGACUUUAAGCCGCGUGCUUGAUGCUCAAGAUGCAGCCGCUCGCCAGGCCAGUGCCGAAGAAGCCGAGGCUCGGCGGAUUCAGCGUGCUGAACACAAUAAUAUCGUUGAAGCACUGUCGAAUAUGUUUCCGAGUUUAGAUCGGGAUGUCAUUGACGACGUGGUCAAGCAGAAGGAAGGAAGAGUUGGUCUCGCGGUCGACGCGUGCCUUGCUCUUAGCGCUGAAUAA